ACAUGUGGAAUAUUACAUUUAAUACUCCAAUGCUUACCUUCCUCUACACUACAGGACAGUUUGACUCGGUUGGGUGUUGGAACAAAGUCUGACAUUGAGACUUGGCUGACUGGGGAAAAGCUUGGAUCAUCAGGAACCAUUGACCUCCUUGAUUGGAACAGUCUGAUUAACGAUAGGACCAAGAUCUCAAAUCUGCUUGUGGUUCCAAAUGUUGAGUCUGGCCACCUGGAGCCUCUCCUGGACAAAUUCACUGAGGAAGAGGAUAAACAGAUGAAGAGGAUGUUGCAGAGGAUGGACGUGCUGGCCAAGCAUGCAGUAGAGAAUGGAGUGAGACUCAUGGUGGAUGCUGAGCAGACCUAUUUCCAGCCUGCCAUCAGCCGACGGACCCUGGAGAUGCAGCGGAGAUUUAACCAGGAGAUGCCCGUCAUCUUCAACACCUACCAGUGCUACCUGAAGGACGCCUAUGAUAACGUAACUGUCGAUGUGGAGCUGUCUCGCCGUGAAGGCUGCUACUUUGGUGCCAAGCUGGUGCGUGGGGCCUACAUGUACCAGGAGAGAUCCAGAGCUGCAGAAAUCGGCUACGAGGACCCCAUAAACCCAGACUAUGAAGCCACCAAUAGGAUGUACCACAAGUGCCUGGAGUAUGUUCUGGAAGAGAUUGAGCACAACAGGAACGCGAACGGGUUCUUCACCAAUCAAAGCUUUAUGGAAGAGAGCCACUGUUGAAAAAAAAAAACAUAUCAAAUAUCGACUAGAGUUU